UACAUAUUAGAGUCAAUUGACACGUAACUAUGAGUGCAUGUGUAAAAUAAACGUCUUUGUCGGAUAAAAAUCAGACAACUGUAUAUUAUUGAACUUUAAAAUUACAAAUAAUGUCUUAUACAACGGCUUUAUUCAGCGGUCAUUAACAUGUUUGUUUUGGAAUAUGGCCAUUUUCGUGAACCGUAAAAAAAAUGAAUAUGUUCGACACAAUUACAAUUUAUAAAUUCGCAAUGAUACAAAUAACUGACUUAAAUUCUAAUCAAAAUGAUUUCCACUAUGCUCGGAGAAUUGCAGUUAAUCACGACAAUAUAGAUUGUGGUGCACAUGUCGACCAACGACGGAUUUCAAUAAUGUCACUAAAUACCCAAAUACGAUUAAUAUGACAAAUUUAGCAUCGAAUAAAAUUAUACCAUGAAAUCUUCACGUGAUUAGAUUCGUCAAUGGAAUAAAAAGAUCAAACGAUGAUAAUUAUUCAGACACAAGUAGACAAUCAUGGAAAUAAAUACUGAUGACAAUAUUUCAAGUUCUGAAUAUAUUCUUGUAUAUGUAGAAGAUUUAAACAUAAGUGUUGCAGAAGCAUUGGUUGAUACUCCAGAAUGGGAAUACAGAUUUGCAGUUCCAGCUAUUUUCUUGAUUUUUAUGAUAACAGGAAUGUUGGGCAACGGACUUGUGGUUUUAGUUUUCAUAAAAAAUAAAACUUUCCGAACUAUAACCAAUAUGUUUCUGCUAAAUUUAGCGGUCACUGAUCUAAUGUACUUAUCGUUCUGUGUUCCAUUUGGUGCCACGCGCUAUUAUAAAGGGUACUGGAUAUUUGGGAACACAUUAUGUAAAUUUGUACAGUAUAUGAUGACGGUAUGUUUAUCCCUACAUGUCCUGACUCUAACAGCGGUUGGAAUAGAUAGGUACCUAGCUAUUGUUCAUCCUAUAAUAGCGUUAUCAAUUAGGACAAAAAAACGUUGUAUUUUUGUGAUAUUCUGCAUAUGGUUUUUAUCGCUUUCUUCAUUUAUGCCUGUUAUAUUCAUCAACAGAGAAUUUAAAGCUUCACAGUUCAUGGCUUUUUGCUUAGAAGAGCUAUCUGAAACAGACAGCAAAAUAUAUGCCAUCGCGAUGUUGGUUUUAUUUUAUGUGAUACCACAAUGCAUUCUGGGAUUUUGUUAUUUACAAAUUGCUAGACGUAUGAAGGAAACAAUGACCAAGUCACGUCUUGCGCCUGUUACACUUGUAUCAAUGAAACGAAGAGGUAGAUUAGUUAGACUUGUUGCUAUAGUAGCACUGGCCUUCGCCAUUUCCUGGCUUCCGUUACAUAUGGCGGCAAUUAUAUCGGUUAGUUCUGACAAUUCAAAUUCCGCUUUCAUAUAUCAUCUACAAAACGUUGCACCAUGUUUUUCGUAUGCUAAUUCUGUUGUUAACCCUUUCAUCUAUUCUUUCAUGAGUAAGACAUUUAGAAAAUUUUUCAAAGCUACAUUCAAAUGUAGGUCAAUAAAUAUAACGUCAUCAUUGUUGGUUGAUGACGCCGACGCCGUAGUAAGUACACACGACAGACGACAUCGAGGACUCGAGCUCAGAUCAGUUCGUAAUAGAGCCACACAAACACCGCGAUCAGCUAAAACCUGGAAACGUGAACGGAAACCAGUUCCUAAACCCGUGGAAACACCAGAGGAAACAGUGACAUUACCGCUUGUAGAGAGUUUGUUGUAAAUAUACAUGUGUAUAAGUGCAAGAGUUUAAGAUGAUGUAAUAAACAAAAGAAUAAUGCAAAAAGUGUGUUUGAUUGGUACAUUCUACAAAAUAGUAAAAUCACAAAAAUACUGAACUCCGAGGAAAAUUCAAAAAGGAAAGUACAUAAUGAAAUGGCAAAAUCAAAAGCUCAAACACAUCAAACGAAUGGAUAACAACUGUCAUAUUCCUGACUUGGUACAGGCAUUUUCUUAUGUAGAAAAUGGUGGAAUGAACCUGGUUUUAUAGCUAGCUAAACCUCUCACUUGUAUGACAGUCGCAUCAAAUUCUAUUAUAUUGACAACGAUGCGUGAACAAAAACAAACAGACACAAUAGGUAAAAAUGUCAAAAAUAGGGGUACAGCAGUCAACAUUGUGUUAUCAUCUUAAUCACUAUAAAAACAAACAUAGUGAGCUGAAUAAAAUUUUCGAAUGAGUACAGAAAUAGUCAUGACUUCUCUAUUGUUGAUAAAUAAAUUUAAAAUCAUUAUGACAUUUAUUCUAUAUAACUUAAUUUGAUGAGUGCUAACAAAAUAGGAGUGUCAUUAAAAGACCCAAUUUCUAGUGGCCUGGUUUUCGAAAAUAUCCUUAGAUAUGUCCCAAGAUGUACUUUAUGACAGACUUAAAUACUAUGACAGGACAAGCCUAUGAUACGGCAUAGACUGUAAAUCAAUGCUGUCAUAAAAUAGCCCCUAUAUAAUAAGCUAUAUUUAAAUUCAAUGUAAAACACUCUUUUUUUUCUACAUUUCAAUAUCUAUAUUUCUAAUUUACUAAACUAGUUAUACACGAUUAUUAUAGAUAUGAUGAUAUUUAUUUAUAUAACGAUAAUAACGAUAAAUGACUCCGAACAAGUUGAAACAAUAAAGAAAAGCUAGUCAUAAUUAAUAUGUUGAUUAAAUGCUAUUUUCGUAGUAAGAUAAAUGUAUUUAAGAUGUAUAUAUAAUUAUAUAUUGUAGUUAUAUCAUGUUGGAAGUUUUUUGUUACAGUUAUAUGCAAUAAAUUAUGAUUAAAAAGAUA